AUGUGUGCAUGCACGGCUGCCUUGCCGAGACUAUUUCCGCGCUCCGCAUUCUACACGGACAGCGGGCGUUUGAAGGCGUGGGGCCAGAGUGGCUGCCGCGUGUCAACUUUGCGGGUGCAGUCUGCAAAGACCGACCUGCAAGCUGGAAUACGAUAUGGUGCAGCGCUGGCGCAGCCUGCGUGCGCCUCCGUGCUGGUUUUGGGCUUUGAUGGCGUUAUCUGUGCUGAUGCAGAAGAGGUUGCUGCAGCAGCAUGCCAGGCUGCCUUUGAGCUCUGGCCGGAUGUCAUGAGAAAUGCAGAGGAUGUUACACUGAACGAGGCUGGUGUGCGCCAGAGCUGGGUGGACUACGACUGGCAAAGACUUUUGGAACACAAGGCAUCUGCUGUGUUCACUGAUGCACCGCCCUGGCUGCUAUACAAGGUGCAAAAACUCCGACCGGCGUGCCAAGCAGGAUGGGAAAUGCUGCUUUUUGCUCGCCUCUGUGUCGAGGAGGCCGUUGCCUGCAGGGCGAAUCGAGCCAAAGGGCGGGGUGGUGCACGGCCGCUGACAAUCGGGGAAAUCGAAUGCAAUUGGUUGGCACAUCCCGGUGAAUUCGGCCUGCGCGAGCUCUUGCUGAUGCGGUGGGGAAAUCUGAGCAUUGCACAACUGCAGGACGCAAUGGCAGAUGCCAGGCGUCGUCACCGUUCAGAAGGUCUUCUCGUAGAGAUAAAGUUCUACAGCGAAGUGUUGCGGGUCGUGUGGCUGGCAGUCGCGGCUGGCAGGAUCGGCGAGACUGUUCACAUUAUUACGAGUCGUGACCAGGUUUCCGCAACACACGCGCUGCAAAUGGCCAGCGCUGGAGCAGCAGAUCUCCCGUUCGAGCCACCAGACUUCCAAGGGUCCUGGGCUGGCAAGGACGGUUGGCAAUUGCACUGUGGAUUGGGGACAGUGGAGGAAAAGGCGCGCCUGUAUUUGGCAUCAUGGGGCUAUGUGAGUCACAGACACUGGGCAGACGGCCGAUCUGGACUUCCAAGAGUGAAAGAGCUCUCGGGUGCCGAAGACCUUGCUGCAGUGCUACCUGAGCCUAGGCCAGACGAGUCCAUGCGCAAGACUCCACUUCCCAAGCCAUGCUCGGCCUCUUCGGCAGGACAUUUCGGCCUUGAGUUGAGAGCUAGCUUCGGUGCUGCCAUGGCCUCUUUCUCCCUGAUAAGUUCGCUUAUCCGGCAACUGCCCAGGCCCAGCCCUUCGCAACCUUCGCAAUGCGAGGAGCAUUCAGGCGCCAUGUUCGGAGGGGCUGCUGGAAGCUUGUCGGCUUUUGAUGACGUUCCUGACGAUUUUCAGCUUCCAUCAGGGAGCGUGCAAAAGGGAGAGAAGUAUUUCAAGAAGUACUGCGCGCAGUGCCAUUCGAUUUAUCCGGACAAUCGGCUCACAAGAGCUGGGCAGACGCAGAUUGGGCCCACCUUGUUCAACAUUUAUGGCCGCGCCAGUGGACUUGAGGAAAUUCAGAACAAGCAGGGCACAGACCGUGUCGACAACGUGCUAUGGUUGGAAGCUGCGCUGAUGAACUACAUGAAGAAUCCGCGCGUUAUGGCGCAGGG